UUCCUUUUCUUCCUUCUCACUCGUUAACUCUCUCUCUCUCUCUCUCUGUGAUGAACCCUAAGUUAUAGAACCGUUACCCAGCCAUGUCGCUGAGGAACGUUUUCCGUUCUCGCAAAUUCUCCAGAUCCUUCCCGGAAGUCCGAUCAAUCGACACCGCCGACGAGGACCUCCACGGCGGCGGCGCCGCCGAGGAGGCCAAUGCGUGGUCCACCAUGUUGCCGGAGCUUCUCGGGGAAAUCAUUCGCCGCGUCGACGCCGCCGAGGACCACUGGCCGCACCGCCAAAACGUCGUCGCUUGCGCCUGCGUUUGCAAGCGCUGGAGAGACAUGACUCGCGAGAUCGUUCGGUCUCCUUCUCACAACGGCAAAAUCACUUUCCCUUCUUGCCUUAAACAGCCAGGGCCAAGUGAUCCCCACCAAUGUCUUAUAAAGCGGAACAAGAAGACCUCAACGUUUUAUCUCUAUCUUGCUCUUACAUCAUCAUUGACAGAUAAAGGGAAAUUUCUGUUAGCAGCUAGAAGAUAUAGGUGUGGUACCCAUACUGAGUAUAUAAUAUCACUUGAUGCUGAUGAUUUAUCCCAAGGAAGCAAUGCUUAUGUUGGAAAGUUAAGCUCGGAUUUUCUUGGUACCAACUUCACAAUUUUUGACAGCCAACCACCCCAUAGUGGUGCCAAACCAUCAAGUGGUAGGGCUAGCCGUCGUUUUGCCAGCAAACAGAUAAGUCCUCAAGUUCCUGCAGGUAACUUUGAGGUGGGGCAGGUCUCCUACAAGUUCAACCUUUUGAAAUCAAGAGGUCCAAGGAGGAUGGUUUGCUCACUGAAGUGUCCUGUCUCCUCCGCGGGUGAGAGUCCAGAUAGCAUGUCUCCGGAUGGCAAUAAGAUGCACAGUAAAGAACAUGGCUACACAAUCUUGAAGAAUAAAGCUCCGAGGUGGCAUGAGCAUUUGCAGUGCUGGUGCUUGAAUUUCCAUGGUCGUGUGACAGUUGCAUCAGUGAAGAACUUUCAGCUGGUUGCUACUGUGGACCAAAGCCAACCUGGAGGGAAAGGAGACGAGGAAACGGUUCUCCUUCAGUUUGGUAAAGUAGGGGAUGAUAUUUUUACCAUGGAUUAUAGGCAGCCCUUAUCUGCCUUCCAGGCGUUUGCCAUUUGCUUAACUAGCUUUGGCACUAAACUGGCUUGUGAGUAAUAUAAUUUUGGUGUCACUAUGCUUAUUUAUUCUGUGGAUGUUGAAAGUGAAUAGUUAUUUUUUGUUUAUUUUUUUUUUAAGUCUACAAUUUGAUCGCCGGAAGCUUGUUGUAAAUGUUAUUUUAUUUAUAGGACAUUAAAUCUUACAUAAUCAAAUCUGUUGGUCUCUGGUGCAGCCUGUUAAUAUUUGUUCA